GAGAGCGCGAGCGUGCUCUGCCUGUAACAUCCGGGGAUUUUCUAGUGUACUUCUGUACCGAGUGACACUCGACAUGGCGGCUGUGCAGUAGAUGGAGUGCGCGCGCACGCCGUAACAAACGGUUCCUCUGUGUUGUGUGGCUCAGUGACGGGACUGAGAGCAAAACUACAGCUGUUUGUGUUCAAUAAACCUCAAAUAUAACAUGGACAGCGACGACGACAAUGUGGAGGAGGUUGUAGAAGGCCCACUAGACGACGAUGAGCUCCCCCAUGGCUUCUGUACUGUCACCUACUCCUCCAGCGAUCGCUUCGAAGGCCAUUUUGUCCACGGAGAAAAGAACGGAAAGGGCAAGUUCUUCUUUUUCGAUGGCAGCACACUAGAGGGCUUCUACGUGGACGAUGCACUUCAGGGGCAGGGUGUGUACACGUACGAGGACGGUGGAGUGCUACACGGCACCUACAUAGACGGAGAUCUCAACGGUCCUGCACAGGAGUUCGACCCGGACGAACAUCUGAUCUUCAAGGGCCAGUACAGGGACAACAUCCGCUGCGGCGUCUGCUGGAUUUACUACCCGGACCGAGGCUGUGUGGUGGGUGAAGUCAACGAGGACGGGGAGAUGACGGGCAAAGCAGUGGCUUACAUUUACCCCGAUGGAUGCACGGCUCUGUACGGGAGCUUUGUGGACGGGGAGCUCAUCGAGGCUCGACUGGCCACGCUGACCCAUCAGGAGAACGGCAGACCUCACUUCACCGUUCAGUCUGACAGUCCUGUUUACUCCUAUGACAAAUCCACUUCCUCCUGUAUUGCUGCUCACAAAACACUGCUCGACCCCUAUGAGAGUCAGCGUGUGUAUGUGGGGCAGUCACUGAUCUCUGGAGCAGGAGAAGGCCUGUUCGCCAAAAUGGACACAGAUGCCAACACAAUCAUGGCCUUUUACAAUGGAGUGCGAAUCACACACUCGGAGGUGGACGCCCGUGAUUGGUCCAUGAACGGGAACACCAUUUCGUUAGAUGAGGAGACAGUGAUUGAUGUUCCUGAGCCCUUUAACCAUACAGAGAAUUAUUGUGCAUCGCUUGGGCACAAAGCCAAUCACUCAUUUACCCCCAACUGCAAAUACGACCCGUUCGUUCAUCCUCGUUUCGGGCCGAUAAAGUGCAUCCGAACAAUCAGAGCAGUACAGAAAGACGAGGAACUCACGGUCGCUUACGGUUACGACCACGAACCUUCUGGGAAAUCAGGUCCAGAGGCUCCUGACUGGUACAAACAGGAACUGCGCGAGUUUCAGGAACGAGAAGCUGAAAGAAGAGCUGAGGAUUAUUGUUAACCCUUUUCCAAAAAAAAAAAAAAACACCCUUUUUGCAUCAUGCCAAGCGACACCUAAAUCUGCCUCUUUUACUGCCCUGCUCUUAUCUAAACAACUGUGUCUUUAAUAUUUUCUCUUUAACAUCCUCUUUAGCUGCUCUCCUUAUUUUUCUCUUUGGAUCGGCGGUGAAAUGCUUGGCUUUUGCAGAAACAUUUAUGUUACGAAGGUGCUACGAUGUGUACAGAUCUCAACAACUGUAUCAUGAACGCUGUAAUGUGAGGAGUGAAUGAAGCACAGCAUGAUGUGAAUCAGCUCCAUGAAUCAUCUGAAGUGAGAACUAUGCACUAGCGAACCCGGAAGGCGUUCUUUGCCGCCACGAUAACCUCGACGAGCACGAGAAAUGCAGUCAGUUAGUACGUGGUUAAAACUCCCAUAGUUAUCGCAGUCGUCAUACUCUUGUAUUUGCAGUGCAGUUAUUACAGUUAUUGUCUCUUUAGCUUCAGUCUACUCGCACUCGAGAUCUGAGAGUUAACCGCAACACUAGAUUCUACUUAUGUUUCAAAAAACAGUAUUAAAACUGCACUGUAUGUAAUGUUUUUGUUUUUUUUUUGCCUUUGCUUUUAAUCAGUGAAAGGAAAAGUGUGAAAGCACAUUAUGUUUGUAUGUGAGAAAGAGAGAAAGAGAGCAGAAUGAGUAGCAGAUCACAAUAAGAAAUGAAUUCAGGUCUUUGAUAUGCAGGAUAUCUCUAAUCCAGGAUUUAUCAAUAAAACAUUAAAACAUGA